AUGAACCGUGUAAUUGGUGUAUUAGUCUUUUAUUUCUCCUGUAGUACAGAGGGUGUCAAAAUCAUUUGGGAUAAGUCUGCCGAUUUUGACAUUAUCGGCUUAGAUGCAAGAUCAGAGGAAGUCAAUCUGCCAAACCAGCUUUUAAUUUAUCCAGGUACCAAAUGGUGUGGUGCUGGAAAUAUUGCCGAUAACGAAUCAGAUUUUGGCAUACACAGGAAUACCGACAAAUGUUGCAGAAACCAUGAUCUCUGUCCUGAUAUCAUUGAGGGUUUCCAGACUGAUCAUAACCUCAUAAAUCCUUCGUUUUACACAAGGUUGCAUUGUGACUGUGAUAAGGAGUUUUAUAAAUGUCUAAAGUCUGUGAAUACCAAGACUUCCAGAGAAGUUGGUCAUAUAUACUUCACCAUUUUGGGUACACAAUGUUUCAAGAAGGAAUAUCCAGUUGUCUCUUGUAACAAAUAUAGUUAUUUUCUGAAACCAAAAUGCAUAGAUUACCAAUUCGACGAGACACAAGAGAAAAUCUAUCAGUGGUUUGAUGUACCCAACUUCUGAACAUAUCAUACAUUAGAAUCCACAAUUUGAAUGUAGUGGAAUUAUUGUAAUACAUUGAAGUAAUAACUA